AUGCCCAAACAAACGAAAUCUUACGCGACACGAAUCCCGCCCAGUACUUGGGAACGGCACAGACACAGAAUUGAAACGUUAUUCCUUCACGAAAAUAAGACCCUAAGUGAUGUUAUGGGUAUGAUGAAAGGUCAUGGGUUCUAUGCGAGUGAGUCUCAGUACGAGCGCCAGCUCAAAGUAUGGGGCAUACGGAAGAACUGGAAAAAGGGGGACUGGUCUCGAAUAGCCCACUAUCUCGGACGAAUUGAUGAACUGAAAGAGGAGACGGCAGUGGUCAUUGAUGGCUUGAAACAAUUGAGAGAGGUUCUUGUUAACCAGAUUGCCAGCAUCAAUGGUCCCAAGCAUAACAGUUUUUCAUCCAGUUAUUUUGACCUUGUUAUCGGGUUCGCCGAUAUUACAGCCGCAUGUCUGGAGGGUGUCAGCAGGGCUGUCGGGCACCUUGAGAGUUGGCUAGGAAGGCCACCGUCCCGCGACGAUUGA